UCGAUGCUUCAGCUUGCUUGGUCUUCCUUUAUACCUAUAAAGGGAUAUAUCUUCGAGCCUUGGUAUUGUACUACUGACGGCUAUUAACGACCCUCUCAACGACUGCAUGAUAUCCGCGGCCGGCAUUUACUCAACAGCUCCACAGACCGAGGUGGCAAACAGCAACUGAACAGGUCAACAAUAUACCUCGAUACUCCAAAUACGCUCCCCACGACCACACACAAUGGCUCCCGGCCUCACCCUCCAUGAUAGCCCUCCUCUCUCCAGCACAACCUCCAAGCUCGCCUCUCCACCCACCACCUGCCUCUCCACGACCCCUUCUCCGGCUUCCUCCCCGAACACUACCUCCUCUGCCACCUCUACCGCAGGCACGACCAAGCCGGCUCCACGCCCUUCUAAUGCAUUCGAGGACCUCGUUGACUCACUGACGGCCAUCCUGGGCCCGACGUCCGGCUUGACGAGCGAGGGCGUUGAUGUCGAUGCCCUGACGAGGCUGAUGAGGGAGUAUGAGAGUAAGGAGGAGGACUGGGGACGGUACGCGCUAGGAGAUCCGUCGAGGGGGUAUACGAGGAACUUGGUGGAUGUAGGGAAUGGGAAGAGCAACCUGCUCAUCCUCGUCUGGUCCCCUAACAAGGGCAGCCUCAUCCACGACCACGCUGAUGCCCACUGCCUCAUGCGUAUCCUCUCCGGUACCCUACGCGAAACCCGCUACGCUACCCCUCCUUCACCCGCCGCCGCGCCCCCCACCGUCCUCAAAGAGACCACAUACUCCGCAGGCCAAGUCACCUACAUGUCCGAUUCCCUCGGCGUGCACAAGAUCUCAAACCCAGACCCGGAACGGAUGGCCGUGAGUCUACAUCUCUAUACCCCGCCGAACGCCGCUAAGGAGGGGUGCCAUGUUUGGGACGAACGCCAUGGCGGCAGGAGCCACGUCAAGCAGAACAAUUAUUUCUCGGUGAUGGGGGUGAAGGGAGGCAGGGUGGAGGACCUGAUGUGAGGGGGUUUGUUAAUGGCUAUGAGUUCUGAGGGUUUCAUGAGAGUUUAUGACCGCUUUAAGGGUUCGGUGAGGGUAGAUGGGGUGGGGAGGGGGAUAA